AUGUAUAUGAACAUUACCCUCGUAGCUGUCCAGUCGCCUAAAAUAAGAAGCGGUAAUUCGUCGUCAAGGAAUCAUUUCAUUGUUGGCGAUACAUUGCUUUUGGAGUGCCUCAAAUACAAAAAUGCCGGCGUAUCGUAUUAUAUUUACUCAUUCAUAUUCAACACAAUUGUGACAGUUUACUAUCCGAUUACAAUGGUUGUCGAUCUUUUCCUAUUAGAAGAUCCAAACCAGCUGUUCCAAAAUACCUCAGUGACCUUUGCUGAAAUUUUGUGUGCCAUAAAGUCACUGAAUACAUUUUUUAAGCGCAAGCAGCUUCGUCGAAUUAAUGAGCUCUUGGAACAUUUAGAUAAUCGUGUGGAAGAAGUUGGUGAUCACGACGAGCAGAGAUACCGGAACGUUUUUGAAGAAACAUUCAGUGGAGUUCUACUCAUGCAGUUUUUCGUGACUGAAUUCACUCUUUGUAUCACAGCCAUUUAUGUUUUUUAUGUUGACAGUAUGGCGGAGGUCCUCUAUACGGCAGCAUAUUUCAUAUGUAUGGCCAGUGAGAUUUGUCUGCCUUGUUACUGUGGAAACGAAAUUGUUUAUGAAAAUGACCAAUUCACUGAUGCAUUAUACUCUUGCAAUUGGAUGGAUCGGGACCGGAAAUUUAAACAGGUUUUGCUAUUUACUAUGCAAAGGACACAAAAACCUACUGUAAUAUAUGCUGGUGGAAUUGUAAGGGUUUCGCUAUCAACUUUACUUGCGGUUUUCAAGGGCGCCUACUCACUUUUUGCAAUUGUAAAUCAAAUGCGUUAA